GUUCAGUCUCAGUCGCGGCCGCGCGAUCGCGUUGGACGAUAUUUACCUGCGCGCGGAGCCCGUGAUCAGGAGCGUACCGUCGGCUCCAGAGCCCCCUCCCCCCAGUGCCUCGAGAAUCCUCGACAGCGUAGCUCAAGGUAGGACCAACUACCUGUUACAAUAGCGCGUUCUCCGCGCGACUCCGAGUGCGCCUACCUAGCCAGAGUAGAAACAGUUAGCGAACGCGUCGCUGGAAAUCAAGCGUCUGGAAGAGAAACGGCCCAGGGACCAUUCUGCGCAGCAACGAAUUAUGCGAUUGCUAUAGCGGACGAGAAUCGAGGGACACGGGGAAGAGAUCCAAAUCGUUUGCGCAGCCUCAACUAUAAAAAUGCUGCCAAAGUUGUUGACGUUGCUCUGCGCGGCAUUUCCGGUGGUGGUGUCGCAGAGCAACUACGCCUCCCAGGGCAACAGCAUAGAGUACCAACCAGGCUUGCCACCCAGCACGAUUCUCGACGGCAAGGUGACCAAACUGGACGACAUCUCCUCGAUGAUAUUCCUGAAUCGCACCAAGGCGUACCUGAACUGCAGCCAGGGGAGCAUGCACGUCGAGUUGAAGUUCGAGGAACCCUUCUACGGGGUCGCCUACGCUGAUUUUGAUCGCAACAGCGCUUGCAUUGUCAAGGGACGUGGUGCUGCCAGUGCUAAAUUGGAGCUACCUCUCAAAGGAUGUGGGACGAAGCAGGAUCCCCUGCGAGUGUUUACCAACAACGUGGUGGUUCGCUUUCACCCAGGUCUCGAAAUGGACGGGGAUGAAGUGAUCACGAUAGUCUGCAGGUACCCUCCGCCUGUAGCGCCUGCUCCACCAAAAUCUCCAUCUCGAAUUGUGGCCACAGCAACGCCUGCACCCUCCACGGAGCCUCCGUUGAAGGGAUUUCAGAUUCUCCUCAUCAUCUGCGCUAUCUUGUUCCUGUCCCUGCUCCUACUGGGCCUGGGUUGUUCGUACAUGUGCCUGAAGCGCAGAAAUGUUCGAGUGAUACACAGGCAUCCGUUUGGAAGUGGGUCAGGGUCAGAGAUAACCAAGCUCUCGACGUCUUCUCUGAGCAACAUCACCAUGUUCGAGGGCCUCAAGAUACCUAGGGCCCAUGCUCUUCUUCACGCACCGCCCUCCACUACUGGCAGCGACGCGAAUCUGAUGAUCGAUCACUCUUUGCCUAGCGAUUAUCCGAGCGAGAGCUCCGAGGUGGACGAAGAGCCUUCUCUGCCCGUCUCCUCGGCAGGCUCCUACGACAACAAGGCAUUCAUCCAUCACGAGAGCCACCAGCGUCAAGAAAUGCGCACCGCCAGCUCCCUAUACUCUGAAACGGUCGCUGCAGAGGUGGAAACAUCCUCCAUGACCGCAGCGAACGCUUCCAGAACUGGCAUUCCGAGACACAUGAUGGCGAUGCCCAUCGAGCCGAAAUUCGACGUCCAGAUGCGAGUUAAGAGAGCCCCUCCUCCCCCUCCGAGUCCUUUACCAUCAGAAUCCGACAUAGCAAGCGUGACCUUGGAGAGAAAUCUAACGACAAUCUUAGAAAAGGAGGAAUCCAGCCUGACUCGCAGCUUGGAAAGUCCACCGGCACGAAUGACGACCUUUUCCUACGUUCCUGAACUUCAUGGGCCUCCUGGAGGUGGUUCCUCGGCAUCGACGAUCUCCAGACAGCAAACGCCACCUGUAUACUCGAGGAUCCUUCGAAAGCAGACCGAGAGGGAGAUUACUACCAACACCAGUCUCCUGCAAGAACGAAUUCCAUCUCCGUUGCCUGUGGACCAGCCAGCUGUUCAGCAUCACGAGAUACGCAGACCUAGGUCCCUGACUUCCUUAAACACCGAACUGACGGAGACUCGUUCCUUGACAGAGGUGACUGACCACUCCCACGCCAAGUACAGAGUGGCCAGCAUCCUAGCGCCAACCCCGCCGCCACCGCCACCGAUAGUCCCAACGGCCACCACCACCCAUGCGGCCAUCCAGCACCGCGAACAUCGACUAUUCCGCGAGGAGGUGACCGAGCCACUCGUAGAGCCUCAGGUAGUCGCCCCGAGACGUCCAGAGAUCACCACUCACGAGGUGGACGACGUGUUUCUAAAGACUGUGACGGAGAAGAAGACCAUCGAGGACGUGGAGCGUCAUCGUCGUCAAGUGACCGAGUACAGAGCCAGAGCUCAACCGCCCCCGGACCCCAAGUGGGACGUAACCAUCAGAAACUAUCCUCAGGAGAACCUGCCUCCGCCGCCACCAGAGUGGGAGAACUUUUCCGACGUGAGCUCCACCUCCAACCUGACCAUCACCAACGAGCCAACCGGUCAAACUGACGUACCCGUCGACGAAGAGCCAGACAUCAACAUAGAGCCAACGUACACAGCUCGAGCCGAGAUACCCUGUAGACCACCCCCUUCCACGCGUCGUAGCAUCGACGAGAUCGACGCUGACUGGUUCAGCAGGUUGUCACGAGUCUUGGAUCCUCGUUACUCCACCGAACUGACGGACGACGAAAGAGCAAGAUGGCGAGAGAUCAUCACGACGGACAGCACACUGAGGACACUGUUGACAGAGGCUGUGGUCAAGGAGGACUACGAGCUGAUACGCAAGGACGCUAGAUACACGAAUCUGUUCCCUCCAGCCAAGUGGGACGUGAUCAUUCGAAUCCUGGGACCUUGUUCGAGCCACGCAGGCUCCGCGUCCUUCUCGAACCAUGCCAAGAACCAUGGUCAGAGGUACAAGAGGUCAAAGUCCUCGGAAUGGGACACCAGGUCUAGAAGAUCUUCUCUACCGACCCUGUACGAGUACGAGAGCGACGGAGGUAGCUCUGCUCGUACCCAGGGCCACCGACUCCAGAUAUCACAGUCCACGGCAAUGGGCCAACCAGCUCGUCUGCGCAGAUUAGGCUCCAGUCAUCGAGGGGCGGGAGGCAGUAGCGAGAUAGACGUCAGGUCCAUGUCAGAGAUGACCGUUAGAGAUUUCGCUAGGGUGGACCGCGAUGACCUGACGAGCCUGAGCUCGUUCGAGGGCGCAGACUCCCUGGUGAGAUCCCUCAGCCAGCCCAGCUUAGCCAGAAGCGGCUCCGAGUUUACCGAGCACUGGGGAAUACCUGCGGCGAUGCUCGAUCUCCCAGCGUGGGCGGCUGAGGACGCUGAAGAAGGACCACCCAGCUCCGUCGAAACAACGCCCAGAGUCGUCAGAAGGAACGAUCGGCUCGAAGUCCUUGCGUCCUUCGACGAACGCAGCCAGGUACCGGGCUCGUCCACCACCAGAUCGAGUCGUUACGUCGAGAGGGAGCUGAGCAACGUGCGCGUCUCCGAGAGCCAACGGACCUCCAACUGGUUCCACGACGACUCCGAGCCGGAAAUGCAGAUCUGACCUGGGCAUUUUCAACUUUCGAGUCCUCUUCAAGUUUCUCCGUCCUUGUCGUUCUCCUUUCGUCGAGGUUUGCGUGAUCAACCUGGACCAGCGGGGUGGUCACUUUAGAUAGGUAGCGCGAUUAUUCGUCAGUUUUUGUGUACUCAGUCUCUGGAAGGAUUCUUUUUCAAAUCUAUUUGUCUAUUUGAUGGUUGAUCGCAUGAACAGGGUAACAGAAGGAUUAGGUUAAGGUUUCACCAUUCACUGCCUUUUCUUGCAAUCGAAAACUGCCUUUUCGUUAGAAACGUCUUGAAACGUGCGACAUGAACAAAAGAACAACGGAACGAUGCACAACAAAUAACGAAUAACGAAUAACGAAUAACGAAUAACGAAUAACGAAUAACAAUUAAAAGAACUACGAAAGCUUAUUGAGAAUUUUCGGAAUAUCGUAUUAAAUGCGAACAUAGUGUGACCACAAGUUCAAAGUGACAAAAAGUUACGCUGGCUGACGCUACCAGGGAAACCAGGGAAGAAUGACAGCCGUUCUCUCCACUCGCCACUCGUCACUCGUAAUUGUACCAGAAAAGAUCGAUUCUACUAAUCGUGGAUCGACUUAAACGAACGAGUGGGACUGUAGACUCUGGCGAAGCAAUUAACCGUAAAUUAGAAAUUAACUCGAGCCAAGUUAACGGGUAAGUUUACAAUUAAUCGACAGAUUUGCUUACCUAACGGCCUGAACGGUGUACUUUUAAAUGGUUCUCCAUAGUCACUGGAAGCCACCGCGCCAUCUUGGAACACUAUCUAACACCUUCCCUAUAAACGAAAUCCAAAAUUCUUUCUUGUACACAUUUUAGCAUUUCUCUAUUCAGUUCUUUAUUCCAUAAAUUGUUCUCUUGAAUUAAUGAUAGAACGAACCGAGUUGAAAUGUUGGCCGAUUACGAACAAAACGGAAAACAAACAAUAGACGAAAGCCAGCUGACGUUCGAGUUGGAAUACAAUGGAAUUGACAAAGUUAAACGCGGUUAGCGAAAGUGUUAAAUAUUCGGUCGGGUGGCACCGCUGCGAUAAUAGUCUAUUUAAGUACGUAACGAAACAUACGGUGCUGGGUUAUACGCUUCAAACAAUAGCUAAAUAGGUCUUCCUUCUUCGAGACGUACUCGAUCUUCUCCGAGUAUAAUGUAUCUGUGUUCUGGUCUUGAAGAGAUAUCGACCAGGCCAAUGUUGAAUAAUUUGUUUAUUCGGCACUUGUGUACUUGCCGCACACAGGGUACGUCGUAGGGUGGUUCGUUCAAUGAUUUGUUCAAUUUUUAUAUUAGCCCCUAAAUGCAGAUACAUAGGAAAAAAUUUGUGGAAAAUUUGAUUAAAUUAAUGAAUUUUAACACGUGCCCCGGAACCAUCGAAACUCUUAAAUAUAAAUAAUAGCCUACAAUUAGUACUAUUCUAAUAUUGAUAGUAUAUUCGAUUACUAAUUACGUACCAUUAAUAAUUCGAUAUACUAUUAAUAAUGAAAUAAUAUUAAUCGAAUGCUAAUUACUGAUACUGAUGACUAUUAAUAAAAUAGAAUAUUAUUAAUUGAAUAUUCCCACUGCUGGGAGUUUUGUAUGCUUCUUUUUUUAUUGUAAAAUUGUUUUGUAGUUACAUCGGAGCCGGAGAGGUCUUCCUGAUAAUGUACAGGACCUCUCGGAAGAAUGCUAUUCUUCCAGCCGCGUUGGACCCAAGUUGUUCUUCAGGUCCAAGAAAGAGUAUUAAAAUUGUGAAACAGCGAA